ACGGCACUGUCGACUGCGACGACGACGACUACGACGACGACGACUGGCAGGAUGAGGGCAGCACAUCGCUUGCCAUGGGCGUACAUCUGCCGUGACUGUGUGCGCCGCCCCCGGCUGGCGUCCACCCUCGCCGUCACAAAGCCCGCCGGGUUCGCGUCCUUCUUCUUUCACAACGCAAGAUGGCAGACAAGUGCCCCCGCACAGCGCCUUCCGUCGGGCCACAUCGCCUCGCCCCUGCCGCCAUUAGCGCACACCAUCGCAGGGCACGCCGACCAGUAUCCUCCGCCGCCGUCUGCGCUCCCCUAUCGCAAAGCAAAGGUCCUCACCCCCAGCCGACUGCUCAAAAUAUACUCCGAGCUCUCCAAAACACGCCUCACCGUCCUCGUCGUCCUCACCGCCAUGUCCGGUGUCGCCCUCUCCCCGCUCCCCACAACCGUCCCCGUCCUUCUGUCCACCGCCAUCGGCACCGCCCUCUGCUCUGCAUCCGCAAACACCCUCAACCAGAUACAGGAGGUUCCACUGGACGCACAAAUGCCGCGCACGCGCAUGCGCCCCCUCGUACGCCGCGCCAUCACGCCCCUCCAUGCCGCAGGUUUCGCGACCGUCACCGGCAUAGCUGGCCCAGCCAUCCUCUGGACGAUGUGCAACCCGACCACCGCCCUCCUGGGCGCAGCCAACAUCGCCCUGUACGCCGGCGCCUACACUUGGCUCAAGCGCAAGAGCGUCCUCAAUACCUGGGUGGGUUCCGUCGUCGGCGGCAUCCCUCCCCUCAUGGGCUGGACGGCGUGCGGGGGAAACAUCCUUCCUUCCGCAGAGUACCCGAUACAUCUCUUCCUACCCUCCUUCCUCUCCUCCGCCCCCACCGACCUCGCACUCAUCGACAACCCGCUCGCUCCCUGGGCGCUCUUCCUCAUCCUCUACAGCUGGCAGUUCCCCCAUUUCAAUGCCAUCUCUUACCUUGUCCGCGAGUCCUACGCCGUCGCGGGCUACCGCAUGCUCUGUGUCCUCUCCCCUCCCAAGAACGCCCUCGUCGCCCUCCGCCAUGCCCUCGUCCUCAUUCCCAUCUGCUCCGUCCUCGUCCCGCUGUCAGGACUGACGAGCUGGACGUUUGCCCUAGUGAGUCUCGUGCCCAACGUCGUGUGCGCGCGCGCAGCGUGGCAGUUCUGGAAGCAUACGACGGAGAAGAACGCGAAAAAGCUGUGGCAUUACUACCUGGCCUAUCUCCCUGCCGUACUUGGGCUCAUGAUGGUUUGCAAGCGCGGUCUGUGGGGUUCCUGGUUCGAGACAGAGGAGAAGAGCGACGUGGAGAGCUAGAUCGCAUUCAUUACGUACAUUGUAUAAACAUCCAGA